GCGGAGCUCCUGGAACUAGCAACGCGGCAAAGGCGUCGUGCACGUACCCGCGGGCGGCCAGCGAACUUUUGCUGAGGGCGCUGCUGUCGUUGGUGCUCUGUACUGCUCCCGCCCUCCGCUCGCGGCUCCGCGGGCGCAUGGCCAGAGGAUACUCAACAGCGGCGGUCUGUCACAGUGGUGAGCUGCUCUUCUAUAGUAGCCACCUCGCGGACUUCUGUACGGAAAAAUCACCCCGCCUCCGUCACCCUUCUUCCGCGGACAGGAGUGCGUCACUUCCGGAAGACCGUAUCUCGCUAAUCAGAAUGGAAGAGGGUGUAGCUUGUGCUAAAAUUCGACCGUGAUUGACUUUUCUUUGAUUCUCUGAGACUGCAUUUUCGCGGGAAGACUGCCCGCCAUGGCUUUUUGUGGACACGUAAACUGUGUCAGAGAAGCACGGCCUGUCACAUUUCUACUAGCCUUUGAAUGCUGAAGGGAAAUUUUUAUCUAAGUUCUCAUAGUUGACUCAACUGUUGACAGAAAUCUUUAAGAGGUGAAGCUGAGCCCAGAGCUACAUACAUAGCUCAUCUUAUUAAAAUGGUGGAAAUAAAGCAAUUGGAAGGAAAUUCAAGACCAUAAAAUUUGCUAACUGAAAUACAUUGCAUUGUUCAUACUAAGUUUUUGGAGAAAACUUUUUAUCCUGCUAAAUUAUGGAGGCAGAAGAAGAACAGCAGCGAUGGAAGACAACCUUUUACUCAGAAUUACCUAAAGUGGUGAGAAUUCAACCACAGAAUUCCAAAGAACUUCACGCCCACUUGAAUGGAUCCCUUAGUUCUAAUACCAUAAAGAAAUUGAUAGCUAAGAAACCAGGUCUUAAAAUCCAUGAUCAGAUGACUAUGAUUGAUAAGGGGAAGAAAAGAACUUUAGAAGAAUGUUUUCAGAUGUUUCAGAUUAUUCAUCAGCUAACUACUAGCCCUGAAGAUAUUCUAAUGGUCACAAAAGAUGUCAUUAAAGAAUUUGCAGAUGAUGGUGUCAAGUACCUGGAACUAAGGAGCACACCCAGAAAAGACAGUGCUACAGGAAUGACUAAAAAGACUUAUGUGGAAUCUGUGCUUGAGGGUAUAAAACAGUCUAAACGAGAAAACUUAGACAUCGAUGUUAGGUAUUUGAUAUCAAUAGACAGAAGAAGUGGCCCUUUAGUGGCCAAGGAGACUGUUAAACUUGCUGAAGAAUUCUUCCUUUCUACCGAAGGUACAGUUCUUGGCCUUGACCUCAGUGGAGACCCUACCGCAGGACAAGCAAAAGAUUUUUUAGAACCACUUUUAGAAGCAAAAAAAGCAGGUCUGAAGUUGGCAUUGCACCUUUCAGAGAUUCCAAACCAAAAAAAAGAAACACAAGUACUACUGGAUCUGCUGCCUGACAGAAUCGGACAUGGGACAUUUCUCAACUCCUCUGAGGGAGGGUCCCUGGAUCUGGUGGACUUUGUGAAAAAACACCAGAUACCACUGGAACUCUGUUUGACUUCAAACAUCAAAAGUCAGACAGUUCCGUCUUAUAACCAUCAUCAUUUCGGAUUCUGGUACAGCACUGCCCAUCCUUCUGUGAUCUGUACUGAUGAUAAGGGUGUUUUUGCAACACACCUUUCCCAAGAGUACCAUCUGGCAGCUGAAACGUUUAAUUUGACCCAGUCUCAGAAUGUUAGCACAGAGCCUGGGGUGUCACAGGACUUCCCAUUUCUCCAUCCCAGUGAAACCAGUGUCCUGAAUCGACUCUGCCGACUUGGCACAGACUAUAUUCGCUUCACUGAGUUCAUUGAACAGUACACAGGCCAUGUGCAGCAACAGGAUCACCAUCCAUCUCAGCAGGGCCAAGGUGGGUUACAUGGAAUCUACCUAAGGGCCUUCUGCACAGGUCUGGACUCCGUUUUGCAACCUUAUCGCCAAGCACUGCUUGAUUUGGAACAAGAGUUCCUGGCCGACCCCCAUCUCUCCAUAUCACAUGUCAAUUACUCCUUAGAUCAGUUCCAGCUCCUUUUUCCCUCUGUGAUGGUUGUAGUAGAACAAAUUAAAAGUCAAAAGAUUCAUGGUUGCCAAAUCCUGGAAACAGUAUACAAACACAGCUGUGGAGGUUUGCCUCCUGUUCGAAGUGCACUAGAAAAAAUCCUGGCCGUGUGUCAUGGGGUUAUGUAUAAGCAACUCUCAGCCUGGAUGCUACAUGGACUUCUCUUGGAUCAGCAUGAAGAGUUCUUUAUCAAACAGGGCCCAUCUUCUGGUAAUGUCAGUGCCCAGCCAGAAGAGGAUGAGGAGGAUCUGGGCAUUGGAGGACUGACAGGAAAACAAUUGAGAGAACUCCAGGACUUGCGCCUGAUAGAGGAAGAGAACAUGCUGGCACCAUCUCUAAAGCAGUUUUCCCUGCGAGUGGAGAUUCUGCCAUCCUACAUUCCAGUGAGGGUUGCUGAAAAAAUCCUGUUUGUUGGAGAAUCUGUCCAGAUGUUUGAGAAUCAAAAUGUCAACCUGACUAGAAAAGGAUCCAUUUUGAAAAACCAGGAGGACACUUUUGCUGCAGAGCUGCAUCGUCUCAAGCAACAGCCACUCUUCAGCCUGGUGGAUUUUGAGCAAGUGGUGGAUCGUAUUCGUAGCACAGUGGCUGAGCAUCUCUGGAAGCUGAUGGUGGAAGAGUCAGAUUUACUGGGUCAGCUGAAGAUCAUUAAAGACUUUUACCUUCUGGGACGUGGAGAACUGUUUCAGGCUUUCAUUGACACAGCUCAACACAUGUUGAAAACACCCCCCACUGCAGUCACUGAACAUGAUGUGAACGUGGCCUUCCAACAGUCAGCACACAAGGUGUUGUUGGACGAUGACAACCUUCUCCCUCUGUUGCAUUUGACAAUUGAGUACCAUGGAAAGGAGCAGAAAGAUGCUACUCAGGCCAGAGAAGGCCCUUCUCGAGAAACUUCUCCACGGGAGGCCCCUGCAUCCGGCUGGGCAGCUCUAGGUCUUUCCUACAAAGUGCAGUGGCCACUGCACAUUCUUUUCACCCCCGCUGUCCUAGAAAAGUACAAUGUUGUUUUCAAGUACUUACUGAGUGUGCGCCGGGUACAAGCUGAACUGCAGCACUGCUGGGCCCUACAAAUGCAGCGCAAACACCUCAAGUCCAACCAGACCGAUGCAGUCAAGUGGCGCCUAAGAAACCACAUGGCAUUCUUGGUGGAUAAUCUGCAGUACUACCUCCAGGUAGAUGUGCUGGAGUCUCAGUUUUCACAGCUGCUUCAUCAAAUCAAUUCUACCCGAGACUUUGAAAGCAUCCGAUUGGCUCACGACCACUUCCUGAGCAAUUUGCUGGCCCAGUCCUUUAUCUUGUUGAAACCUGUGUUUCACUGCCUGAAUGAAAUCCUAGACCUCUGUCAUAGCUUUUGCUCGCUCGUCAGUCAGAACUUAGGGCCACUGGAUGAACGUGGGGCUGCCCAACUGAGCAUCCUGGUGAAGGGCUUUAGCCGCCAGUCUUCACUCCUAUUCAAGAUUCUCUCCAGUGUUCGGAAUCAUCAGAUCAACUCGGAUUUGGCUCAAUUACUGUUACGACUAGAUUAUAACAAAUAUUACACCCAGGCUGGUGGGACUCUGGGCAGUUUCGGGAUGUGAAAAUUUCGGGUUCACGAACUGGAAUAAGUCUUUCCCACCACGUUCUCAUCUUUAACAGAAGAAGGCUCAAAACAUCUCAUUCUCUAGCUGCAAGCUAUUGAGAGGGCUGUCCUUUUCUCCUAGAAGUGAUUACUGAACAUCCACGAGUACAAAUCCUUCCUCUCUUUCUCAAGUGGAAGGGUCUGCCCCCGCUUAGGGGAGUUAACUCUCCUAAGGAGCACAAGUGACAUCAGCUCUCCCUCUGUGGACCCUGCAAGAUCUGUUACAUCGAGACCAUUUCUCUGAUAAGUUCAUUUACUGAGCUCCUACUAUGUGCCUAGGUGCUGUUCAAGCUGCAAGAGAUAGCAGUAAUACAGAUCAGAAAGUUAAAUAUUUUGUGGCUCAUGUGAGAAAGUCAACUGUUGUAUGUUGCCACUGAGCAAGAAAGGCACCACAUAAGGUAGGCUUCCCCUCACCCCACAAACCCGCUUUCCUCCAGAAAAUUAAAACUGAGUGUCUCAUCCUUAAGGAUCUUUAAAACUAUGAAUCUGAAGAAUUUUACCAAUAACUUCCAAUUAUUUCAAAUUGUAAAAGGGCAGUUUUAGUUACAAUGUAUUUAGUUGUUGUUUUAAACAAAUAAGGUCCUUAAAAAAAUCGAGGUCAGAUUGUUAGCUGUCAAAUACUGAAAACUGCAGGUCUGAUUAUCCCAUCUUAGAAGAACCACAGGAGCUGAGGUUCUCCUAAUCUGGCCCAAUCAUCACUGGUAAUCGCUAAUAUUCACAUCAGUAUGAAUCAAAACAUUCAAUGAACUCCCUUCAAACCAAAAAGAAUGCAGCAUUCUGGCCUCAGUUUUUAGCUAUGUGACCUGGUCCUACACCCUGGUCUCUACAUCUCUUCUACCACAUAUUACUCCCUUAUUCUCUGCAACUGUCAGCUAAAGACAACCCCUUCCACUGCUGCUCCUGGAGCAGAGGUUAGCAAACCAUCACCUGUUUUUGUAAAUAAAGCUUUACCGGAACACAGCCACUCUUGUUCAUUUACCUAUUGUCUGUGGUUGCUUUCCUGCCAUCAUGGCAAAGGUGAGUAGUUGUGACACUUAAAACAUUUACUAUUUGGAAGAAAAAAAAUUGACCGCUGCUUUAGAGAAUGAGAGAACAUCAACAGGGACAAUGCUGGGGUAGAGAAGGGACAGCUUCCAACAUGUGACAAUAGUAAUAAAGUUUUAUACCUGUGA